CAAGGAGUAGUGGGAGUGAAAUGUUUUGCGAAUGUUGUCGUUAUGUGUUUUAACGUUGUUAUAUCAGAGUAGCAGACUAAUCAUAGUUUAUACAAGAUUUUGUUGAUAUAAGUGGUACAUAAAACUGUCUGCAAUGAUCUGUAGGACAUCGUCUAAAUUUAGGGUAUCCUAACCUCUCAUGUCACAUGCCUUCAGGUUUAAAUGGCUUUGAAUACAUGGAGCAGAUGGAAACAAGUCAUCCCAUAUCUCCGAGUAACAUCAAGAAAUAUAAGUGGAGAAUAUGAAACGAGUAUUUCGUCUGAAAGUAACUAUGACGUUAUUGUCGUUGGAGGAGGGCACGCGGGCUCCGAAGCUUCGGCGGCUGCUGCACGAAUGGGUUGUCGAACGUUGCUCAUAACUCAUAAAAAGGAAACAGUCGGGGAAAUGUCAUGUAACCCAUCAUUUGGUGGUAUUGGGAAAGGACAUUUGAUGAAAGAAAUAGAUGCAUUGGAUGGAAUUUGUGGCCGCAUGUGUGACCUGUCUGGUAUCCAGUACAAGGUACUUAAUAAAAGAAAAGGGCCAGCUGUUUGGGGACCAAGGGCACAAAUAGACAGAGAAAUGUACAAAUAUCAUAUACAGAAGGAGUUGUUUCACAAUACCCCAAACCUUGAAGUGAUGGUGUCCUCAGUAGAAGAUUUAAUUAUGGAGGAUGUAAACAGUUUGGAAUGCGGAAAUGCUCAGAAAUGUUGUGCUGGAGUGAUGCUAAGCAAUGGCACUGAAGUAAGAAGCAAGUCUGUGAUACUAACAACAGGAACAUUCUUGAAAGGACAGAUAAAUAUAGGUUUAGAAGUGAGACCAGCUGGAAGAAUUGGUGAUGCUCCAGCUAUUGGACUGGCGAAAACUUUGGAGAGGCUUGGAUUUUGUAUGGGACGCCUUAAGACAGGAACACCACCUCGUCUUGAUGGAAGGACCAUUGAUUUCUCUGUCUGUGUGAAGCAACCUGGUGACACUCCACCAAUGCCAUUUUCUUUUAUGAAUGAAUCAGUGUGGAUAAAGCCCGAAGAUCAACUGUUCUGCUACUUGACCUUCACAAAUGAGAAGGUAAACAAAAUAAUCCUUGACAAUCUUCAUGUCAAUCGGCAUGUAAGAGAAGAAGUCACUGGUCCACGUUACUGCCCAUCAAUUGAAUCAAAGGUAUUAAGGUUUGGAGGCAAGAACCAUCAGAUCUGGCUUGAACCAGAAGGUCUUUCAAGCCAUGUUGUAUAUCCCAAUGGACUAUCAUGCACUCUUCCUGAAGAACUUCAAGCUAUUCUGGUUUGCCAGAUAAAAGGUCUAGAGAAGGUUAAACUGUUAAGACCAGGUUAUGGUGUUGAAUAUGAUUUUGUAGACCCACGAGAAUUGUAUCCCACACUAGAAACUCAAAGAAUUAGUCGCCUGUUCUUUGCGGGACAAAUAAAUGGAACUACCGGUUAUGAAGAAGCUGCUGCUCAAGGAAUAGUUGCUGGAAUCAAUGCUGCACUGAAGGUACAAAAGAAACCACAGUUUACUGUGAGCAGAACAGAAGGAUAUAUUGGUGUUUUGAUAGAUGAUCUGACAACUUUGGGGACAAAUGAACCGUACAGAAUGUUUACAAGCAGAGCUGAAUUCAGGCUGUCUCUCAGACCUGAUAAUGCAGAUUUAAGACUUACUGAGAAAGGUUAUGAGGCGGGUUGUGUGUCACACCAGAGAUAUCAAAAGAUGUGCAAGACCAGAGAAAAAAUAAAGGCAGCAACUGAUAUUCUAAGAUCAAUAGUGAAACCAUCACACUUCUGGAGAGAGAUAUUGAAGCUACCACCAGCAAAAUCCUCAGCACUAAAAAGUGCUUUUGACGUGAUGGCAAUUCAUGGUGAUAUAAAAACUGCAGAAACCAUAUGUGAAUCAAUGCCUGAUGUACUAGGACAUUUACUUCAUGAUAGAGCGCUGUUGAUGCGUCUUGUGAUAGAAGCUUUGUACGAAAUGGCUAUUUGUGAGCAGAUGGAGGAAGUGGAAGAAAUACGCAGAGAUGAAGCCUUGAUCAUACCAACCAGUAUCAACUAUGCAGCGAAAUCUUUGUGCUUAUCAUCUGAAGAGAUUGAGAAAUUGACACUGGUACAACCAUCAACUAUUGCCGCUGCUAGCCGCAUACCAGGAGUAACACCUUCCACAGUCGUUCGCUUGCUGAAUUACGUGAAACAGCAAAAUAGUGUGAACUGUCAUGUCUAAUCUGUUUUGAUUGAUAAACAAAUAAAAUCUGUAUUUUUAGUGCUGUGAAAUUAAAUAUAUUUUCAGUAUUUUCACAAA